AUGCAAAGUUGUCGCACCACAGCCUGCGAGACGAAGAAAAAGAAGUUACACGAGCGAGACUUGAUUGAACGACUCAAGAAGUAUGAAGCUCUUAUGACCCAGCAUGGUAUCGACUUUGAUUCGGUUGGCGAUGUCGGUGACGAGGCCACCGAAGCAGAUACUAAUGCCGGAGAAAGAACGAAUUCUCCAGAGAGCAGUUCUCUACAUCGCGGCCCUCGGAGUGAAGGCAGUCAGAGGCGCUCCAAGUGGUUUGCAUCUUACGAUGAAUAUCGGACGACAUAUGACUUGCUACAAAACUCCGAUGAUGAAGGGUCUGACCCGCCUCCAAUUCAUCAUGCCUUCGACAAAAUGUUCGUUAAUGACACUGAUUCGUUUCCCUUUGGUGUGGGUGGCUCGCCAACGCGCAUAACCCAUUUGCACCCAUCAGCGAUUCGAAUUUUUCAGCUCUGGCAGGUCUAUAUCAGCAACGUGAACCCAUUACUAAAAAUCAGUCAUGUUCCUACGUUGCAACCUCAAAUUGUUGCAGCAAGUGCCGACUUGUCAAAAGUUUCUAAACCCCUCGAAGCCCUGAUGUUCAAUAUCUAUCUCAUCGCCGUGAAAUCAUUGACAGACGAAGAGACCCAAACCAUCUUUGGUGAGCCCAGGGAAUUGAUGCUCGCUCGGUUUAAUGAAGCUUCACAGCAAGCCUUGAUCAAUGUGGGCUUUAUGAGAUCGAAUGAGCUCAUAGUACUGCAGGCUUAUUUCUUGUACCUUCGCAGCGCUGGUCGCAAUAUCGAUCCUCGAUCUAUGUUUUGCUUAAUUGGCAUUGCCGUUCGUAUGGCAACUCGCAUGGGUGUACAUCGAGACGGUGCUCAGUUUGGCCUCUCGCCAUUUGAGACUGAGCAGCGACGGAAACUCUGGUGGCAGCUGGCUGCACUAGAUAAACGAAUGGCUGAAAUGACGGGCUCUUCCAUCACAGCUCUCUCUUCUUCUGGAUCGGAUUGUCGGCUCCCACUCAACGUAAACGACGCAGAUUUAUACCUGCAUUCUAACGAGCCGCCAAAACCACAUAGCGGCCCGACGGAAAUGCUAUGUUGUCUCACACGCAUUGAGCUACUUAUUGCGGCUGAUCCAACCAGCAUUCGGCCCAAUUCGACAACUAUCAAGAACCCACAACACCACACCAACUCGGUGGCAUCUCCCGAUACUAGCAUUGGCGAAGGAUGCAGGCCGUCCUCCCGGGAUCUGGAUGAAUACUGCUCCUACAUAGAAUCAGUCUACCUGAAGCACUGCGACCCGAGAAUUCCUGUUCAGCUCUUUGCCCUGAUGGCAACACGCAGCGCCCUCUGCAAACUUCACGUUGUCGAAUUCAUGUGUCGGGGCAUUCCCACAUCCAGCCUCGGCGAUCACGAGCGUGACGAUCUUUUCCUAACUGCCAUCAAGAUGUUAGAGUAUGACGAUGUGAUCUAUACUACCGAAAGUCUCCGCGGCUUCUUGUGGUACAUGCAGAUCCAAGGACCCUUGCCGGGCUAUAUUUUUCUCAUCAGCGAGUUGCGCGAACGGACCACGGGCGAGCUAUGUGAACGUGCAUGGAAAGCCAUCUGCAACAAUCAUGAACAUAGACAAUUCACUCGCAACAUCGGAAACCCCAUACAUGCUGCAUUCAUGCAUGCUACACUCAGGGCUUGGGAUGCUCGUGAGGAAGCUGAGCUUCGACUUGGAAGGUCCGUUGAGCCACCGAAUCUAGUGAAUCUGCACCGACAGCUCGCUGUAGACACGAAAGCGUCUCGAAAGGACUCCCAGACAGCACAAACUGAAGGAGGCCUUGAACCUCAGCCUGUGUGCCGACUGUCUGAAUCAGAGAGAAUGGAUCAGCCUUCCGAAACGACCAUUGAUGACAACCUCACCAUGCCCGCUCUCGACCCCGCAAUUGAUGUCUACGGAGCUGCAUUUGGGAGCUACGACCAGACAAAUUGGGCAUAUUUAAUGCAGCCUGGAGUGCUAGGCGGCAUUCUCCAUGGUUCAGGAACCCACUUCCCGCAGGGUGGUGGAUUCUGA